GUUUUAUCUAAACAAAAACAAUUUCAUUCUCUCUGUUUCAGCUUUCCUUUCUCCCUCCCUCCCUCUCUGUUUCUCCUUCCAAUUAAGACUUAAUUAGGGUUUAAAGCUCUAUCUUUAUCCAUUGAAGACCCCCCAGGUUCCAGACUUUUCAAUUCUCCCUUGCUUGCUUUCUCGGAUCCCAAUUUCGCUCUCAAGUCAAUCUGAGAAUUAUGAGGGUUUUGUGCUCAGAAUCGUCUAGGGUGCGUUCCUCUUAUUGGGUUGUUACUAGAGUAUGAAAAUGCCAAUGAUUUGAGCUCAGUUUGGAGACUUGAUUAGUGCUUUCUAGAGUCGAGGUUUUCGUAGAUAUGAUCAAGCAAAUUCUGGGGAGAAUACCUCGAAAACCCUCGAAAUCGUCCCAAAAUGAUGCUUAUAAUGAUGGAGGGGUUAAUGGGAUUGGACCCAAUUCCACUCACAGCUCAAAGUCUUCGAAUUCGGGUUCGGGGAAUUCAAGAACCGGCAAUGGGAUUGUUGCUCCACAGUCUAGUAAAUCACACCAAUCCAGGAAACCUGGACAACUUGGGCCAUUGUUGUUUUCAGGUGCCUAUGAGGCCCUGCCGAGUUUCAGGGAUGUUCCAGCUGCAGAGAAGCAGGGUCUUUUCAUCAAGAAGUUGAACAUGUGUUGUGUGGUGUUUGAUUUUAAUGAUCCGUCGAAGAAUGUAAAGGAGAAGGAUGUGAAGAGGCAGACUUUGCUUGAGCUUGUGGAUUACAUUUCAUCUGUGAGUUCGAAGUUCAAUGAGGUGACAGUGCAGGAGAUUACUAAGAUGGUGGCCACCAAUUUGUUUCGGACUUUUCCAUCUCCAAGUCAGGAGAAGAAGGCUCUUGAGAGUUAUGACCAGGACGAGGAGGACCAGAUGUUGGAACCUGCUUGGUCUCAUCUUCAGGUUGUGUAUGAGUUUCUGUUGAGGUUUGUGGCUUCUCCGGAGACAGAUGCCAAGCUAGCUAAAAGAUACAUUGACCAGGCAUUUGUUUUGAAGUUGCUUGAUUUGUUUGACUCGGAGGAUCAAAGAGAGAGGGAGUACUUGAAAACGAUCCUCCACCGGGUUUAUGGGAAAUUCAUGGUGCAUCGGCCGUUCAUUAGGAAAGCCAUCAACAAUAUCUUCUUUUGGUUCAUAUUUGAGACUCAGAAGCACAAUGGGAUUGCAGAAAUGCUUGAAAUUUUAGGCAGUAUAAUCAAUGGUUUUGCUUUGCCUUUAAAGGAAGAGCACAAGCUGUUCCUUGUCCGUGCGUUGAUUCCUCUUCACAAGCCUAAAUGUGUAUCCAUGUAUCAUCAGCAACUUUCCUAUUGCAUUACUCAGUUCGUGGAGAAAGAUGCCAAGCUGUCUGAUACCGUGAUUAGAGGACUGUUGAAGUAUUGGCCCAUAACCAAUAGUUCGAAAGAAGUAAUGUUCCUUGGUGAAUUGGAAGAAGUUCUGGAAGCUACCCAGCCAUCAGAAUUUCAGCGGUGUAUGGUCCCUCUUUUCCGUCAAAUUGGUCACUGCCUCAGCAGCUCACAUUUUCAGGUAGCUGAACGUGCAUUGUUUUUGUGGAAUAACGAUCACAUAAGAACUUUGAUCACACAGAAUCGCCAAGUAAUUCUGCCAAUAAUCUUUCCUGCUACAGAGGAAAACGCUCGGAGUCACUGGAAUCAAGCUGUUCGGAGUUUGACAUUGAAUGUGAGAAAAAUAUUCUCAGAUAUUGAUCAAGAACUCUUUGAUGAGUGCUUGGCCACAUUCCAAGAAGACAAAACUAAAGAGAAGGAAACCCAGGAAAAACGUGAAUCAACCUGGAAGCGCUUGGAAGCUGUCGCUUCCUCCAAGUCUUUGAACAGCGGGGCUGUGCUUGUCUCAAGGUUUGCUUCUAAUGCCAUUUCUACAAAGCCAAAAACCCCAGGCCACUUCUAGUAGUUGAUAUCCCUGCAAAGUGUGUCUUCUUACCUAAAUGAAAGUGGGUGGGACUCAGCCUCACUGGCUUGUUGUAAGUUGUAACUGUAGUUUCGUUCUGAUAAGGGAUAACUGUGAAGGUAGGAGGCUCUUGCCGAUAUUGAAACAGCCUUCUAUCAGCCAUUCAGUUUCUUUCGUACUCUUCAGCCAUGGAGGUUUGUGUGUAUCAUAAGAGAUUGGUUAUAGAGAUAAGUGGUGGUUUGAAUUCC